GAGGCAUUAUUCACUCACUCUCUCUCCCUCUAUCUGUCUCUCUGUCUCUCUCCCUCGUCGCGUCGCACAAUCGCCGCCACCGCCGAUUUUUUUAUCCGCGUAUCGACGUCGCGAGUCCAGUUCGAGUCUCUCCCUUAAUCCAGCGAUCCUGGAGCAAGGUCGAUCCAAUGCAAUCCUGAGCGAUCCACUGCCCUUUCAUACUCGCGCGUUUCUCCCGAGCGAUACGAUUUUUUAUUCAAAGAUCGUCGCCUGGUGCGUCAUCGUCGAGGGAAUAAUCGACGUUAAAACAGAUCCAACGGAGGCGUGAAUUCGCACGGCGCGUCGUCCUCAUUACUGUGGCGGUACCCGUUAUACCUACCCCGCAAGGGCGUAUUCCUCCUACCCCGAAUCUGACAUCCGUUACGCAUCGGACACGCGGAGCGCUCGAAGGAGUUUCUCGAUAUACGCGACGGCGUCGUGACAGCGACCGACUCAUGUGCAACGAGAAUCAGGCCUUAGCAACAGUCAAUUCUCCACGAGAAAGUGAACCCUCUUUGACUUAGACACUCUGUGCUUGUCGUCGUUGUGGGGAGUGCCGAGAUCGUAGAGACUGUGACGCGAUAUACAUCCGGGCUGAUCACCCGAGUUAACCAGCACACUUGCCAUUCGUGAGGAAAAAUGUCGGACACGGCGGGGAUUACGCAGGGGAUGGGCAAUCCUUACAAGAUAGUCGAUCAUACGAGAGAGCGGAGAAAGGGCAUCACCGCCUCGUCGCUGAAGGAGCUGACCAACAUCGCGCGUAGCCGCCUGGCGUUGCCUGUUGACGCCGACCUGACAAUCGUGCUCGAGCAAGAUGGAACAGAAGUAGAUGAUGAAGAGUACUUUGCUACGCUAGAGAAGAACACGAACCUCAUGGUGCUGCACGGUGAUCAGAAAUGGAUCGCCGCUGGCAGCAGUAAGCCAGCCUCUCGGUACAUUGUUGUGGACGACGUGGACAGCGUGGAGGGCAGCUCGCGGACCGACAAGCUGCGACGACGGCGAACACCUAUAGAGCCCUUGGUGUCGUCGUUGCACGGUGAUCCCUCGCACAUCUCGCUGCUCGGAGGCAAUGACUUGGAACUGCUCAGCGACAUGGAUCCGGACAGUUUAGCUGACAUUGUACCUGACAGGCUCUUCCUCGAGCAGCUGAAGGAAGCUUCAGGCAGAUUUCUGGCAGAGAAGCGACAGGCGCAGGAAUCCAUGGCCCUUCUUCAGAUGUACGCGAGCGGCGGUGAGAUGGAGCGAGCGUAGGCCAUGUGGGGGGUGGGCGCCCUCACAUUGGCCAACAUGUAUAGAGUGCGACGUCGCAUAUUCUACAAAGGUCGCCAGUUGCAACAAACUCUGAUCCUAUUCUGGAAUUGAGCCCAUUUGAAUCUUUCUUUACACACGGAUAUAAUGGAGUAAAAUGUUGAGAGCGUAAGUUGCACGUUAACAACGAAGCUCUCAGUCAUUUUCACUCGCUCAUGAAGCACCCGCAGGGUGCGAGGAUAACAGGAAUAAUUGUACAGAGGUACGGAGAAACAAAGUAGCUUACGUUUUUCCAACGUUUAGUGAUAAUAGGUUUUAUUUUAUACAAGCAAUUCUAGUCCUAUGAAAAUAAGAUUUUUGUAGAAUUCUUUUUUUUCUGAAUCUACAUAUAUACAUAAUUCAAUGAUGACGACAGCUAUGCGUUGGCAAUACUUGACAUCCUUAGUGAACGUACGGAAUUGCUUUAAUAAAACGUAAGAAAUACCUUGCUACGUGUCUGCAGAGUUAUACACACGCAAUUUUAGCUGCUAACUUAUGUGAACACACACACACACACACACACACACACACACACACACACACAAAGAAACUUGCAUAAGCAUCUUGAAGCGAGCAUUCUGUCGCGAUAUUAUCAUAUCAAGUGUUAGCGCAAUACGUUUUGUUUAUAAGAUUUUUGUACUUAGAUACGUCUUACUGAGAUUUAGUUCAACGAAAAUUCACGGAAUAUUUAAGACUGAAUUUAUAGGGAAAACGAGAACUAUCUCCAUUAA